AUGUCGAACAACAACUGGCAGGAGGAAGCCAUGCGCCGUCUUCGGCAGAUGCAGCAGGCCCGUGGUGGUGUUGGAGGAGGUGGCCCUCAGAUGUCUCGAGCAGCCGGCGGUGCACUCUUCGGCGGUCUGCUACUCGCUGGUGGUGCUCUGUUCCUGUCAAACUCCCUAUUCAACGUCGAUGGUGGUCAUCGAGCCAUCAAGUACCAGAGGCUGACUGGUGUGAGCAAGGAGAUCUACAACGAAGGAACGCACAUCAACAUCCCUUGGUUUGAGACACCAAUUGUGUACGAUGUCCGAGCAAAGCCACGCAAUGUGGCGUCUUUGACCGGAACCAAGGAUCUGCAGAUGGUCAACAUCACCUGCCGUGUGCUCUCUCGUCCACAGAUUGAUGCUCUGCCUCAGAUCUACCGUACACUAGGCACCGACUACGACGAGCGUGUGUUGCCGUCUAUUGUCAAUGAGGUUCUCAAGAGUGUUGUUGCUCAAUUCAACGCUAGCCAGCUCAUCACACAGCGAGAGAAUGUUGCCAGACUGGUUCGAGAGAACCUUGCUCGACGAGCUGCUCGAUUCAACAUCCUCCUAGACGAUGUAUCCCUAACUCACCUUGCCUUCUCUCCCGAAUUCACAGCUGCUGUCGAGGCUAAGCAGGUUGCCCAGCAAGAGGCCCAACGAGCUGCUUUCAUCGUCGACAAGGCUCGGCAGGAGAAGCAGGCCAUGGUUGUCAAGGCGCAGGGUGAGGCUCGCUCUGCUGAACUGAUUGGUGAGGCCAUCAAGAAGAACAAGGCCUAUGUUGAGCUCAAGAAGAUCGAGAACGCUCGAUACAUUGCUGCUCAGCUCCAAGAGGCUGGCUCUAAGAACAGACUCAUGCUCGACUCUGAGGGACUUGGUCUCAAUGUAUUCGACAGUAAUGACAAGAACUGA